AUGAAGUUCUCACCGGCGUUGGUUUUGUGUCUGCUGAUAGGCAGCGAUACCUUCAUCACCUCUGGAGUUGCACACCAGUCAACAACUCCUACAUCGAGUAGUUUUGAGGCCACAGAUUUAAGUGCGUUGACUUCGGCUGUUGAAAGAACUGUUGGGACGGCAGAAGAUGUGGAAGUAGAAAGAGGGACUAAAUCUACCAAACUUUUGGUGGAAAUUGCAAGCGAGGGUUCUACAAUCUUAUCAACGCCAGGAAGUGGGCUUGAAUCUGCUAAAGCUUCCAUGGAAGCUUCUGAGACAUCGCAAAUACCAGAUUUAAAGGAAUUACCUGGAAUUCCGAAGUCCUUCACAAACUCACGUGCUUUAGAAAUUGGAGUUUUGCAUGCUGAAGCUGAUUCGUCGACCACAACAGAAGCGUAUACACCAGAGUCGGCAGAAAUUGGGGGAAGAGUUUUCUCCUCGGAAUCGGCAGAAGCCGCUUCAAAAGUUAACUUGACGACUCAACUUCCAGAAUUGGAUGCUGGAAGCGGAUCCAAGUCUACUAACUUAUCAUCUGAUUCUUCUAUGGCUUCUGAAACUACCUCCAAACCAGUUGAAACACCGACACCGACUGUGGAGAUGAAGACUUCGAUAGCAGAAGGAAGCGAUGAGAGCGAUUUUACAUCGAUACCGGUAGAAGCCUCCACAAAGCUUGAAUUGACCACUCAACCGCUAAAAGUGAAUACAGAAUACAAAUCUACAUCUGCUGAUGCAUCGUCUGGCUCUUCUGCAGCUUCAAAAGCCACUUCCAAAUCCAUUGAAGCAUCGGUAUCGACUCUGGAGUCGAAAACUUCGUUAACGGAAGAAAUUGGUAAAAGCGACUUUACCUCGAAAUUGGCAGAAGUUCCCGCGAAAUUUGACUCGACUAUUCAGGAGCCAGUAGUGGACACGGAAAGUGGACUUACGUCUACUGACGCAUCGACUGGUUCUUCUAUGGCUCCUGAAACCGCCUCCAAACCCACUGAAACGUUGCCAUCGACUCCGGAGGCAAAGACCUCAGAAGUAGAGGAAAGCAGUGGAAGCGAUUUUACAUCUGAAGCAGCAAAAGUCCCCGCGAUAUUUGACUCGACUACUUUUACGGUUUCUGAAGCCACCUUCAAACCUGGAGAAACGUUGGUACCGAUUCUGGAGGUAAAGAUUUCGACAACAGAAGAAGUGGAAGCCACGGAGUCAUUAAAUGAUAGAAGUGGACUGAUAAGGAAUUUGAUAAUUAUGUAUGUAAAACAACUUCAAGCCCAAAGAGAUGCAGACAAGGUGAGAGAGAUGAGAGACACCUUGAUCAGACUUGUGCAACUCUGUCGUCAGUACUUUGGAAAUGCAGGAGAGUAUGAAUGUAUCCCAUGGUUAAAGUAA